AUGGCGGCAAUGAAGCUUGUUGGGUUCAUCUUGGCCUUGUCCUUGGCUGUCCUAGUUCCGAGCCUCGAGGCUCAUAUCAAGGAGUUCGACGAGUACUGGCAGAAGCGCGCGGAGGAGGCCAGCCAGGCUGCUCUCGAGGCGUUUAACCCCGAACCCGAAAACGUCACAGCCCAGUUCAAUGCGAACGUUAACAAGGUCUUAGAUGGAAACAACAGCACAAGGAGGCAAUUGCACAUGCACAAGUACUCCGGCCCGUGCCUCGCUACGAACCCGAUCGACCGGUGCUGGCGGUGCAGGAAGAACUGGGCGAAGGACCGGAAGAGGCUGGCCAAGUGCGUGCUCGGAUUCGGCCGCAAGACCACUGGAGGCUUGAAGGGUAAGUACUACGUCGUCUACGAUUGCUCGGACAACGACGUGGUCAACCCAAAGCCUGGGACGCUCCGCCACGCCGUGAUCCAGAAGCGGCCUCUGUGGAUCAUCUUCGCACGCAGCAUGGUCAUCAGGCUGAACCAGGAGCUGAUGGUGGCGAGCCACAAGACAAUAGAUGGCCGGGGCGCGAAUGUGCACAUCGCCUUCGGUGCCGGCAUCACGAUCCAGUUCGUCAGGAACGUGAUCAUCCACAAUAUCCGCAUCCACGACAUCGUCACGAGGCCCGGGGGCAUCAUCAGGGACGCGGUUGACCAUGUGGGGAUCAGGACAAUGAGUGACGGCGAUGGCAUCUCCAUCUUCGGCUCGACCAACAUCUGGAUCGAUCACGUGUCCAUGAAAAGAUGCCAGGACGGGCUCAUCGACGCCAUUGAGGGCUCCACUGCCAUCACUAUCUCGAACGGCCACUACACCCACCAUAACGACGUGAUGCUCUUCGGCGCGAGCGACUUAUAUCCAAGAGACAAGAUUAUGCAGGUGACCGUCGCCUUCAACCACUUUGGCAAGGGUCUGAUUCAGCGGAUGCCGAGGUGCCGAUGGGGCUUCUUCCACGUCGUCAACAACGACUACACCCAUUGGCUCAUGUACGCCAUCGGGGGCAGCUCGCAGCCCACCAUCAUCUCCCAGGGCAACCGCUUCAUCGCACCGCCCAACUUGGCGGCUAAGGAGGUGACCAAGAGGGACUACGCAACGCCGGACGUGUGGCGCAGCUGGACAUGGAGAUCACAGGGCGAUCUGUUGAUAAAUGGGGCCUUCUUCGUGCAGUCAGGGCAGCCACUGAGGAAGAAGUACGGGAGGAAGGACAUGAUCAAGGCGAAGCCCGGGACGUUCGUGAGACGGCUCACGCGCUUCUCAGGCACUCUCAAUUGCAAGCCUAAGAAAAGGUGCUAACUUAGACAUUCAGGAAGACGUCACUAUACGAACUGAGUGUUUUGGUGUUAAGGGGGGGAUAAAAGCAGAAUGAGAUGAGAGGGAAGGACCAUUUCAAUUCAAAUGUCGACGAA